UCUGUUAAACCAAAAUCACACACACUCCAGCAAGAUACUUUUAUUUCCGUUCCCCUUUUCCAAAGCCCCAUCAAGUCCUCCGCCGUCGGCCAUGGGGCAAGCCUGGGGCUCUCUCCAAGAUAAACUGCAAGGGCGGCGGUGGAAGGAGCGGCAGGUGCGGAAGAUCACCGACAAGGUGUUCGACCGCCUGACGGAGGACGCCCAGAAGCGCGAGAAGGAGGCCCUCACCUUGGAGGAGGUCUACAUCGCGGUCCUCUGCGUCUACAAUGAUAUCAACAAGUACUUGCCGGGGCCGCACCACGAUCCCCCGUCCAAGGAGAAGCUCAAGGCAAUGAUGGAUGAGUACGACGUCAACCUGGACGGCCUCCUGGACCGCGAGGAGUUCGCGGAGUUCAUCCGGAAGCUGACGGCGGACUCGCUGUGCUCCAUCAGCCUGAAGCUCGUGAUCACGCUGGUGGCCGCGCCGGCGCUGGCGAUGGCGACCAAGCGGGCGACCGAGGGCGUCCCCGGCGUGGGCAAGGUGGUGCGCAAGAUGCCCAACGCGCUCUACGCGUCGGCCAUCACCCUGGGCGUCGUGCUGGUGCAGAAAUCCUCCGAGGGCGUCGAGUGACUCGCCAAUCGGAGCAGCAGCGCGCCGUUAUGUGCCUGCCAUAGGCUGGAGCUGCAGCAGGGUAUCUAGGAUAGAUGCUGCUUUCGACUUGUUCGAGCGAUGCUGUGAUCAAACAAACAUCUGAUGUGAUUUAUUAUGGUCUGGGUGCCGAUCCUGUGAAUUGUCUUGUCAUGAACAAUUUAGGAAGUGAACAAUAAAGCUGUACUCCUUGUUAUGCUUUUU